CAUUGCUUGCCAUUGCUUGCCCAUCUUGCCCCAAAUGCACCAUGCUUUGUGCCAUGGGCGUUUCGCCGCCAAAGCCGCCAGUUCUUCGCCGCAUGCGUAUGCGGCGGAAACCGAAAGCUCCAAGGCGCUUCUUGGCAGAGGUUUGUGCUAGCCUGGGAGCCUGCGAGCUUCGACGUUUGCUGAGGAGUUGCUGCCGUCCUCUUCGCUCAGCACUUCGAGCGUCGCGGCGGCGUACAACACGACCACGGAGCUUGCAGCAGCGCCUGGCGCACGAAGGCUUCAGCAUGACACCAAGCCCAUUCUGUGCUGAUGGCUUCUUUGUAGGUGUCAGCGACACUCUCUCCUGCCAGGAACCAAAGUUGGGUGAGAGCCUUUUGCACCUCAGCGGUGAAGUGUAUGGCCAGGAAGCCACGAGCACACUACCAGUCGAAGCUUUACGAAUGGCAGCCCUUCAAAAAUUUGGCCAUGAUGCAAAGCUGCAUGUGCUGGACCUUUGUGCAGCGCCUGGCAGCAAGGCCUCACAAGUGGCUUCACAGCUGCGGCCUGAAUCUCUGGUUGUCAAUGAGCCUCGGAAGGAACGAGCUGCGUUGCUACAGGCAAAUCUGUUGCGCGCGGGUGUUGCAGAAGCUCUGGUAUUGUGUUUGGAUGGACGGAAAGUUGGUGCGUUGGCACCCAAAGCCUUCAACGUUGUGCUGGUGGACGCGCCUUGCUCGGGUGAAGGCACUGUGCGCAAGGAUCCCACUGCUUGGGACCGGUGGGCCCAAGACAAUCAUUCCUUGCAGCUACAGUCAAGAUGUGACCUGCAGCAGGAGCUCCUCGGCAGUGCUUGGGAAGCUUUGCAACCCGGUGGCCUCCUAGUGUACUCCACCUGUACACUCAAUAACAAGGAGAACGAGAUGCAGUGCUGUUGGCUCCAGCAGCAGGGUGCAAAGGUCAUCAGCUUGGGUGCCCAGCCGAUGGCAACAAAACAAGGUUUUCUGCGAGUUUGGCCACAUUUGCUAGAUGCAGAGGGCUUUUUCGUUGCCUGCUUUUGCAAGGAUGCUGACAACCAUCCAGAGCUGGACAAGACCAAAGAUGCAGAUGCCGAUGCGUUCGAGAGUUUGGAUCUUCGUAGGCUGCGUCCCUCUGAAGUAACAUUGCUGAAGCAACGAGUGCGGCAGGAGUUGCAGUACUUGUUGCCAGAGGGCAUCCUAGUGGCAGAUGAACAAGGCAACGUCUUCCUGCUGCCAAGGCAUUCUCCUCGCAUUCGUGGCUUGCUGCCACACGCACUGACUCUGGGCUUGAGACUCACCACGCAGCAGCGCCUGAGCAAAGAGCUCCGUUUGGUUGCAGGAGGAAAUCUCUCCUCACAGGAGUGGAUGGAACUACACAGCAGUACUGGAGGUGGUUUGAGCGCUGCUUCACUGGCCUUGAAACGUGCAGAAAAUGCACCGGCUGCUGCAGCGGCCUUCCAGGAGAUGCUGCAGCAGCGGCUCACACCAGACCAAGUGAGCUACAAUACCUUGCUGGACGCCCAUGCCAAAUCUGCAGAUGGAACUGGAGCACAUCAGGUCCUCAACGAAAUGAUAAACACGUCCGUGGCGCCAGGAGUGGUGAGUUUCACCAUUGUCAUUGAGGCCUAUGCUCGUGCAGGAGACCGGGCAGCUGCUGAAGAGGUCUUCAAGUCCAUGCAGCGAUUCAAUGUGCAGCCAAACCAGAUCACCUACACGGCUUUGCUGCGUGCAAGGCUUGAAGCUGGAGACCUGGCAGCUGCAGAACGCCUGGAAAGUCACUUGAACUUGGUUGGCUACACACUUCUCAUCGAUGCAUACGCUAGGUUGGGAAAAUGUGUGAAAGCGGAGGAAACCUUUGAAGCUCUUACGCAGAGAGGGUUGACCCCAAACUUGGCAACGUACACUGCCUUGAUGAAAGCCUAUGCAAAGGCACACCAUCCACACAAGGCUGAAGAAGUUCUGGACCGCCUUAAAGCUGAAGGCUUGGAACCCAAUGCGCUGAGUUACCUCACAUUGAUCAAUGCUCACAGCAAGGAGGGCGAUUUGAGAAGAGCAGAGGAACUUUACAGCGAACAAGGUCCAAGCUUGGCAAGCGCAACCGCCAUGAUCAGCGCAUAUGGCAGGGCCAAAGAUGCCGCCAAAGCUCAAGAAGUCUUCGAUCAGCUCCGUGCCCAAAGUAUCAGGCCGGAUGCUGUGUGUGCCCGCCAGCUGUCACAGGCGCUGGCGCAAGUCAGGCAGAAUGACCUGAGACUUAGCGCUGAAGUAAAGUUGCGGCAUGGUGC